CCUAUCACUGGUCUCAGCUCCUGUAGUUUGUACAGCUACUUUCACCUGAACUAUUCAGCUCUGCUUUCCUUUAUCUUCAAGGGAAACCACUCAGUGUGUUGUGGACAUUUCACAUAUGCACCAUGGUUCAGCUCGAAUACUGUGACAUGAGGUGGUCUUGAUGACUUUAAUGUCACAAGCCAUAGUAAUGUUUGUGAGUAUAUACCAUGUUUAGUUUAGGCUGAAUAACUAUACUGUAGCAUCAUAGAUUUUCAUAGGUGUUAUCAUACAGUACAUCACUUUAUUCACUAUCAUUUUUACACUUUGUAUAAGAAAAAAAUUUCCAGCUAUGGCACAGCACUGCAGUAUGGACCAUAGAUUGCA